AUGAGUGUAGCGCCGUCUGAACACCUCUCCACGCUGUGGUGCCAUUCCGAGGGAUUGGCCCGUCUGCUGUAUUCGCCAGACGGGAGCAAGUUGUACACGGCGGGGAAUGACUCGAUGCUGCGAGCGUUUAGUCUGAACAGCGACCAGAGUCUGGGUGAGUCGCAGGUGAUAGAUGCGCACACGGACUCGAUCCAGUCGCUCGACGCGACGAGCCAACUAGUCAUUACAGCCUGCGAAGAUGGCUGCGUGCGGUCAUUCAACCUCUCCGACAACUCCUUCAACGAGCUCCUCGUUAAAUCCUCUCUCCCGGCGCGCUGGAUCGGCGUCGAGAGGGUUAGAGGGCGUGCUAAGCGUAUAGCGCUUGCCUCUGACGAACUUAUUGUGAAAAUAGUGGAUUUGAAUGAUCACCUCAAGGUCAGUUUGCUGCAGGGACACACAAAAUCAGUCAGGUGUGCUACGUGGGCACCCAACGGCGGCGUCUUGGCCACCUCCAGCGCAGACGGCUCGAUAAAGAUAUGGAAGGAGAAGCACAGCCAGUUCGAAUGCAUCAAGACAAUCGACGGGAUUAUCAGAGCCGAUGACGCGGACUCCGAAUAUGGCGUCGCAGCGCACUGGCACCCUUCUGGCAAAUUAAUCGUCUGCACUACGCGUGCAAGCGACAUUGCCAUCAUCGAUACAUCCACAUACAGGAAAAUUGGCAGUCUGUCUCACGAUGGACAUACAGCGGACGUGUCAGAAGUGGAGUGGUCGCCCAAUGGUCGCUAUCUCGCUAGUGCAGGUCGUGAUGGUAAUGUACUGGUGUGGUCCAUCGACGACAGGAGGGUGAUUGCAAAAACUAAGGCUGAGUCACUCGUGACGGCAUUCGCUUGGCAUCCGACGGAGAACGUGCUCUCGUUUAUCGAUACUUCGUCGUCAGUUACGAGAUGGCUUAGACCUGUGCCUGAUGCUGCUGAGCCGCCAUGCGGUGGCAAGGUGCUCUAUGGCGAUGAGAUGCACACUGCUAAUGGCAAGGCUGGACAUGCGCUCGGGUAUGAAGACAAGGAGUCGCGCCAAGAUGAAGACACGGUUUUGCGCGAACUGAGUGAGCUGCGAGACGGAGACCAAGACAAUCUCGAUGAUUUCGCAAUAGAUGGAGAUGACAAGGAGAAUGGCGAUGGUGAUGGUAAUUUGGAUGACGAUGAGUAUACCCACUCAAAGCGGAAGCACACCUCGGCAGCAGUAUACGACGGAGGUCAACGCCCCUUCCAACCAGGCAGCACACCUCUGCGCGUAGACAGACGCUACCUAGCGUUCAACAUGGUUGGGGUGGUGCACGCGGUAGACCAAGACACGCACAAUCUUAUCACGGUAGAGUUCCACGACAAAAGUGCGCAUCGCGGUUACAGUUUCCAGGAUCACUUCAAGUCGUCCUUGUGCGCGCUCGGGGAGGCAGGUGCGGUGUAUGCGUCUGCCGGAGCAGCUGGAGCAGCUUCGAUGGUUGUCUACAAACCCUUCGACAGCUGGUCAGCGCAGCAAGACUGGAGUGUGCGGCUGGGAGACGGGGAGGUGGCAAGUUUAGUCGCGUGUACCUCGAGCGUCGUCGUCGUAUGCUCAUCUACCCCUUCCACCCACCUCAUCCGCUUCUUCACGACUAGUGGCAUACAGAGGUAUGUCCUCAACCACGGCAAAGAGAUGGUGACUGCGAGCGCGAGUAGACAGUAUCUCAUCAUCGUUUCCCGAUCUACCGGGGGCGCUGUGAACGGACUCCAAAAUUUGGAGUACGACGUUAUGGAUCUGUUUACACUCGAGUGGGUUCAGCGUGGUGCUGUGCCGUUGGGACAGGGUGGCGAGAUACGCUGGCUGGGUUUCUCGGUGGAUGUCGAUAUACCCGUCAUGUUUGACUCUAAUGGACUGUUAUCGAUGCUGGACCGCUUUGCGACACCCAUGCAGGCGCGUUGGGUGCCGUUGCUGGAUACAGCCACACUCGAGCGGGGGCGCGACAAACAAGAACGGUAUUGGCCGGUGGGCGUGGUGGGCAAUUCGCUGCAAUGCCUCAUUUUGAAAGGGAGGGAGCAGCACCCCUUCUUCCCCCGCCCGCUUAUCAGUACAUUGGAUGUGCGCAUGCCGGUGCUUGGCCUAGAUACGCAGCAGGGGCAGCUAGAGGAGGGCGUACUGCGCGACUCGCUGGUGCUGAGCCACGCGCGGGGGCAGGCUGAGAAUGUAGGAGACGAGGAACAUUCCAACCUCGAAGAAGCCAUCAAGAAACAUGAACUCACCAUCGAUAAAGGACUCCUGCAGCUUAUUAAUACGGCUUGCAAGGCGGAUCGCUUGCAGAGAGCACUGGAUGCGGCGGGGAUGCUGAACCAGUUCAGCUCUGUCGACGCAGCUAUGAAGAUCGCCGCCUUCUUUCAUCUUCCUAGUUUGCAGGAUCGCAUCUAUCUGCUGAAGGAGGAGAAGAUGCGGGUGAGUGGGAGGAGUAAGGGUGGGAGGAGUAAGAGGAUGAACUACGAAGAGAGACUGAUGAGCAGGCCGCUGUCGACACUGCCUGUCGGCUCGGUUGGUCAGAGCUCCCACAGCAAUCACGCACCUGCAUUUCCAGCUCGGAAACCACACCAGAAGAGGCGGUUUGACGCACCUGUAGAGCUGGAUGACGUUGACGUGGGCGGGGAUGUGACGCAGGAGGUGGUAGACGUAGAGGGAGAUGGCGAUGAAGAUGAGCCUAUUGACUUUAGCGACGAUGAAGAGGAGGAUGGGGCGGAGGAGGGAGAGCACGCUGAGAACCCCACCACCACCUCAAACAAACGCAAGAUGGACGCAGUUGACGACAGCCAACUCACCUUUUCACCGCCACAGAGCAGCCGGGCGAGACUAAGCGAGGAGGUGAUGGCGAUACCACCCCCACCGAUACCAGGAAUGGCGACGGGCACCGCGCAGACUACGCAGUCCAACCCAUUCGCCAAGUCCGCCAAUCCAUUUGCUAAAACACCCGCUGUCUCACUCGCGGAUAACAAGACAGCGCUUAAGAAGAGCAGCAUACACCAGUCAGAUUCCUUCUUUGAGCGGGCAGAGAGGCCAGUAGAGAGGAGCGGGAAGGCGGGACAGAGUAAGAAGAAGAACACGAAUAAGAAGCAACAGUCUUCACUCCUCAGCCACCUCCAGAAGCCUGCGUCGGCAUUGCAUGAGAGGGAUGAGAAUGAGAAUGAGAAUGAUAACUCAAAUGAGUAG